UGGAGUCGAGUCGAGUCGAUGCGAGUGUUGAGCGUUGAGCUUCUUCCAGCGACGGCGAUAUUGUGUGCAGUCAUAUGAUGGACGUAUCGCGCUGCGUAUCGUAACAACAACGUAGCGGGCGUUGGGUGUUGAGCGUAUAACCGUUACCGUUACCGUUACCGUUGUGUGGCUGAGCGGGAUUACCGUUAGCAUUUGCAGCAUUGUUUUCCCGUUAACGGUUAACCGCUUGCCCAGCUUUAUUCGAAUUCCAAUCCGUCAACGCGAACGCGAACGCGCGCCGCACCCGCAGCUCUGCAGCUGCGCAGCUGCCGCAAGAGAGACGUGAGCUUCCAAGCAUUUCAAUCUAAAUCACAAACACACACACACACACGUACAACACACUCACACACACACACACUCGCAGAGCGGCAGACAGGGCACACAACAAAAGUGUCAACCCGCCGCCUGCAGCGCUUCAAUUUCAAUUCAAUGCGCGCCGUGUAACGGUCGCGAUCAACGGUUCUAUGCAUUGAUUUUCGUUCGUUUCUCCGUUCGUUCGCCUUUUUUUUUUUAUUCUGUUUCUGUUUCGCCUUCGCCUUGCCAAAAGCCAAAAGGAAAUUCGCAAACAUACAAAAAAGUGCAGUGCAAAAAAAUUUUGUUGUGAUUCGUUUUUUUUUUUCGUGUCGGAUUUUCGGAGUGUGUUUGAGCCAGCGACGACGGGUCGAGCAUGUCGCCAAACCGUUGGAUCCUCUUGCUCAUCUUCUAUAUAUCAUAUCUGUUAUUUGGCGCUGCGAUCUACUAUCACAUCGAGCAUGGCGAAGAGAAGGAAGCACGCGCCGAGGAGCUGAAGGAGCGCAUUGAAAUCCAUGAUUAUCUAUUGGAUCAGUUGUCGGAUAAGAAUGAGACAACGCAGAAUGAAAUAUUGGAGAGGAUAACGGAUUAUUGUGGCAAACCGGUGACGGAUUACACUAAGGAUGAGUACGAAAUUCCCUACACAUGGACCUUCUACCACGCCUUCUUCUUCGCCUUCACCGUCUGCUCGACGGUGGGCUAUGGCAACAUAUCGCCCACCACGUUUGCGGGUCGCAUGGUGAUGAUCGUCUACUCGGUGAUCGGCAUUCCCGUCAACGGUAUUCUCUUCGCUGGUCUCGGCGAAUAUUUCGGACGAACGUUCGAGGCGAUCUAUCGUCGGUAUAAAAAGUACAAAAUGUCCUCGGAUGAUCAUUAUGUGCCGCCGCAGCUGGGACUGAUCACAACCGUUGUGAUCGCUCUUAUACCGGGCAUAGCGUUGUUCCUUUUGCUCCCCGCCUGGGUGUUUACCUACUUUGAGAAUUGGCCGUACUCCAUUUCGUUGUACUACAGCUAUGUAACGACAUCGACAAUUGGUUUCGGCGACUACGUUCCCACAUUUGGAUCCAAUCAGCCUCGAGAAUUCGGCGGUUGGUUUGUGGUCUAUCAGAUCUUUGUCAUUGUCUGGUUCAUAUUCUCCUUGGGUUAUCUGGUGAUGAUCAUGACAUUUAUCACACGUGGACUUCAAAGCAAGAAACUGGCCCAUUUGGAGCAACAAUUGUCGUCGAAUCUGAAGGCAACACAGAAUCGCAUCUGGACGGGAGUUACCAAGGAUGUUGGCUAUCUGCGGCGACUACUCAACGAGCUCUACAUACUCAAAGUGAAGCCCGUUUACACCGACACGGAAUAUGCGUUCUCACUGCCACGUUCGGCCUCCUGCCCCGAACUCAGCAUGUAUCGCGUGGAACCCGCUCCGAUACCAAGUCGGAAGCGCGCUUAUUCUGUGUGCGCCGAGGUGGCGUCUGCCCAGGCUGUGGGCUUGGUGCACGCUAAUUCCGAUACGGAGCUGAGCAAGUUCGAUCGCGAGAAGACGUUCGAGACGGCGGAAGCGUAUCGCCAGACCACAGAUCUGCUGGCCAAGGUGGUGACGGCUUUGGCCACGGUUCAGCCGCCGCCGGAGGCUGAUGAUGCGGCACUGUAUGGCGGCUAUCAUGGCUUCUCCGAUUCCCAAAUUCUCGCCAGCGAAUGGUCCUUCUCCACGGUCAACGAGUUCUCGACGCCGCGUCGUCCACGCGGUCGUGCCUGUUCCGACUUUAACAUUGAGCCACCGCGUCGUCCACUGCGCGCGCCGCACACACACAACGAAUGGACAUGGAGCGGUGAUAAUCAGCAGAUACAGGAGGCCUUUAAGAAUCGCUACAAGAGUCAGGCGAAUGGUGGCAGUGCCAGCGAUUCGUAUGUGGUGCACCUGGAGCCGGACAGCGUUGAGGAGCAUCUGAAGAAGAACAACACCAGCGUUGGAGCCGGUCGCGUCAAAAAGUUCUCCAUGCCCGAUGGACUCCGCAAGCUCUUCCAUCGCAAGCGUCCCUCGCAGGAUCUGGAGCGCAAGCUGUCGGUGGUCUCGGUGCCCGAGGGCAUCACCGAGCUGCCAGGACGCUCCCCUCUCGACUACUACAACAACACGGUCACGGCGGGCGCCAGUCAAUCGUAUCUACGCAAUGGUCGGGGACCGCCGCCACCUUUCGACUCCAAUACAAGUCUCGCUUCGGGUGGAGGCCUCAACAAUCCGGGCUUCCAGCUCGACGAUUCGGAACAGGCAACCUUCAGCUCCAGCACGGGCCCCUAUCAACGCAGGUCAGCCGCUGGCGUUGCGGCAGCUGGCAAACGUCGUCGCGAAUCGAUCUACACGCAGAAUCCGGCGUUGGCUGCACGACGUGGCAGCAUGUAUCCACCGACAGCUGCCGCCCUGGCCCAGAUGCAACGUCGCGGUUCCGGUUCGGCGGCCAUGGCUGCAGUUGCCGCCCGUCGGGGCAGUCUUUUCCCGGCCACAGGAGGUGGACCCACAACCGGUUCGACGCCCAGGCGCUCGAGUAUCUUCUCCGUUACCUCUGACAAGGAUAUGGACGUGCUGGAGCAGACCACUAUAGCGGACCUCAUACGCGCUCUCGAAGUCGUCCACACGCAUGCGGUGCUCGACGAACACCAACAGCAGCAGCAGCAGCAGCAACAGCAGCACCAGUUGAGUGGCAACAAGCUGCACAAGAAGCAGCGCAAGAUGGGCAAUGCUGGCCUCGAUCCGCCCCAGCUGCCGCCCCUACUCUCGUUCUUUGCGGGUGAUCAGACGCGCACCUUGCAGGCCACAGCAGCGAAUCGGCUCUACGCCAGACGCUCCACCAUCGUGGGGACCAUGUCACCGCUGAGCGGCGUUGCCAACAGCAGUGCUGGGGCCGGACGUCGUCCGUCGGGCAUUCAGAUGAUGGAGCCACCGCCCAGCUAUACGGAAAAGCCGCUGCCCAGCGUCGCAUCGACGUCGACGCCCAGCGGACCGUCCAAGUUCCGGCGACGCUUCAGCGUGCGUCCCACGGCACUGCAAAUUCCACCAGGCCAAGCGCCACCGCCCGGCGUUAGUCUGAGCGAUGAGCCGAGUCCGUUGCCAACGGGUUCUCAGACGGCGCUGCAGCGUCGCCUCUCGCUGCGUCCCUCGCCGCUGGCGCGUGAGAUGUCGCCAACUUCACCCACGGGUGUGAACAGCUCGGGUGCAUCUGGUUUGGAGGAUGCGGGCACUUCGGCCACCCGACUGCUGCCAUCGUCGAUAACGCGACCGAGCACGAGCAGCACACACUCACCGUUGUCGAGGAUUGUGCAAAUCUCGCAGGCACAACGCAAGAGUAGUAUGCCCGAGGGAUUUGCGGGAGCGGGUGCACGAAAGCCCGGCAAUAAUCCAGGCAGCAACUCCGGAAGUGGUAGCGGAGGUGCCAGCGGAAGCAACGGAACAGGCAGCGAAAAAUAAUCGAUUGGUGUUUGUCCGGAACGUGUCUCAAGUGUUUUUUAGUUUAUAGUUUGAUUAUUGUUGCCACUAAUUCGCCUAUCUGUACUACAUACUAUGUAAUUUUAUGUUUAAUCCUAUACAAUUCUUGCGAAAACAUUCCUCGGAUAUAUUUCCCGGAAAAAAA